ACUUACUUUCUGCAGCAAACAUCAAAAGCGGUAAAUUCAAAAACAAAAAACGUAUUGAUGAAUAAAUGAUUUGCAUUGACAAAAAGAUAUUUCUCUGUUUAGUAGUAUCUUUUUAGAGAUGUCGCUAUUUUGUUAAAAAUCUAACAAAAAAUGCUAAAUAUAUAUAUCUGUAAUAAGAGUGAUUUGAGAACUUUUUUUGGUCAGAUCAUCAUCUAUUUCUCUCACACUUUCGGCAUAAAAUCUCAUUUGACGACAGAGAAUAAUAUUUAUACGGAAGUACCUUUAUUGACCAUACCGUUUUAGCAAUAAAUCAGUGUAUUUGUGAAGAUCAUCAUAGUAUUGACCCAACAAAAGACCAUCAUAAUAACUUUAUUUUAUAACGGACGGAAAAACAAAUGUCCUUACUUGAAAAAAAAAAUCUUUAGGUUGGAGUCUACAUAUUGCCUUUAAAUAGAUAACAAAUGUCCCGACAAUAUACAAACAAAUACCUCAGAGAAAGAUAAGCUUAGAAGAAAACUAGUAAACGUGAAAAUAUGGAGAGAAUAACUCCACUUGUAUUACUUGUUAGCCUACUUAUCAUUUCUGCCUCAGUUGUGAAUCAGACUAGAGCAGAUAUGUGCGUCGAUGGACUAUACACUUGCGACUACUGCGAGCAGAGAUGCAAGUCCAAACACGGGCCAUCAGGCCAAGGAGAAUGUGAAACCCAUACUGGGAUGCCUAUGUGCAUGUGCCACUACCAAUGUGAACCACCCUCGCUGACUCCACUCAAUACUUGCAAUGGUGGGGCCGGUUUAUGUAGUGUAAGGUGUCCCCAAAAAUGUUGCGAUGUAAACUGUGCACUUAAGUUUACAGGUGGAAGUGGGAUGUGUUUCACCCUCGGUAAUACUAGUGUUUGCCAGUGCAAGUAUCCUUGUUAAAGCUGGCUGACAAAAUUGUAAACCGACUAUUUUUUAUGUG